AAGGGAUUGAAAAAGACAGGGAUUAAACGGCCAGGGCCUCACCCCUGCAGAACCCACGACCGGAACGUGGGGAGAACCGGAGACAAGUGGAACACAGGUGUGUGCCCGCGUGUGUGUGUGUGUGUGUUGAUAUGGAUCCUCCCGAGGAGGAGCGGACGGUGCGCUUCCUGCAGUACGUGGAGGACAGCGGCAUGAAGUCGUACCACGGCCUGGUGCUGCAGAACGCCGCCGACAUCGCCCGCGAGAGCGACCGCGUGCGCUCCCACACACACCUCACCUACCUGCAGGAGAAGCACGAGAAGAAGAGGCGGCAGGAGGAGGCUAUCAAGAGAUGCAAACAGGGCCUAGACGUCCAGGGUAAGGCGCGGCCCUGUAGCGAGGAGUAUAAGCGCAUGCCGCCGCCGAAGCCUCGCCGCAGCCCCAACACGCAGCUCAGCACCUCCUUCGACGAGUCCUACAUGCGCAACCACGGCGACCCCUCGCAUCCGCGCCCCCCGUCCCAGGGCGGGCGCAAGGCGGCGUCGGAGACCCAGAGCCCCGCCGUGGACACGGAGGACGAGGAGGAGGAGCCCGUCUACAUCGAGAUGGUGGGCAACAUCCUGCGUGACUUCCAGCGGAUCGCGGCGGCCGCCAACAGCGACGGCGACUACGCCGACGGCCAGGAGGACGACGCCGGCGAGAGCGUCUACGAGGAGAUGAAGUACCCGGCGGCGGUGUCGUCCGCGGACCUGCCGGGCGGCCUGGACUACGUGCCGGCGAUGCCGGGCGCCACGGCGGAGGAGGCGCUGGCGGCCGCCAUGAUGCUGACGGCGGCGCAGAGCGGGCGCUCGUCCUCGGGCUCGUCCUCGGCGUGCGGGACGCCGCGCGGCUCCCUGUGCGACAUCCCCGCGCCCUUCCCCAACCUGCUCACCCACCGGCCGCCGCUGCUCGUGUUCCCGCCCGCCCCCGCCCAGUGCUCGCCCAACUCGGACGAGUCCCCCCUCACGCCCCUGGAGGUGGCCAAGCUGCCCAUCAUGCUGGAGGCCUUCCAGAAGGGCGGAGGGGCGUCGCCCACGGCGGCGGAGGGAGGCCAUCCGCCUCCUUCCUCCUCCUCCUCCAAGGACCUGUCGUCCUCGUCCUCGUCGUCCACGGCGACCAUCACCGUGUCGGGCCGCUCGUCGGCGCCGCCGCUGCCCUCCGCGCUCUACAAGAGCCCCGCCCAGUCCUCGGCGCACGGCUACCCGCGGAGCCACUCGGCGUGCCCGUCGCCCGUGAGCGUGGGCCGCGCGCUCACGCCGCUCAGCCUCAAGCGCCCGCCGCCGUACGACGUGCUGCUGGCGCAGGGCCACGGUGGGCACACGGGCAGCAUGCCCCGCAGCGCCUCCACCACGCCGCACGCCGGCGCCAAGCUGGCCGCCUCCGCCAACGUGCACGGCGGCUCCAUGCAGAACGUUUCCACCGCCACCUCGGCGGCCUCGGCGGUGGCGGCCGGGCGCUCGUGUCGGACCCCCACCAGCCCGCUGGACGAGCUGAGCAGCCUGUUCAACUCGGGCCGGAACAUGCUGAAGAAGGGCUCGUCCAGCGGGCGCAAGAGCAAAGAGCCUGGAGAUGGUGAGAAGAGUCGGAGUCACAGCACGGACAGCAAGGAGCGUUCUCACUCCUCCAGUCGGGACUCGCCACAGACCACUCCCCUCGAGUGGGAUGGCCAAUCAGGACAAUCAGGAACACCAACGGCCACGCCCAGUCGCCUCGGCCGCUCCUCCGUCAGCCCCACCACCAUGCUGGGGGGAGGGAGCUCAGAACCCAAGGCAGUGUGUAAGCUUGGCCGCUCCGCCUCCACGUCAGGUGUCCCUUCGCCAGUGGGGACCCCCUUAAGACACGCCUCCCCAGAUGCAUUAGCCAAUCAGAGUGCCAGUCUUUGCCAGAUCCCCCCCCUGGCGUGGGCAUGUGGGGACAGCACCAUGAUGGAGAUGAUCGAGAAGAAGAGGACGCUGUGCCGCGAGAUCAAGUCCCGCCAGCGGCCCCUGGACAAGGGCCUGUGCAAGCAGGAGAGCAUGCCCAUCCUGCCCAGCUGGAAGAAGGCCAACGGGGGCAAGAAGCACGGACCGCCCCCCUACAACACCCAGACCACCGUCUUUUGGGACACUGCCAUCUGACACUAGCACACACACACGCGCUCACACACACUCACACAAGUGCACACACAUUCAAAUACACACACAAACAAACACACUCCCGCCAAAGCAGGUAUGUAGACAUCCAAUGACGGACACAUGCAGUAAAGCACACAAGUAAAGAACACAUCUCCACUGAUACACACACACAUACACACACAUACACACACCUUACACACACACAUCUUACACACAUGAACACAAGCACUGAUGCACACAGAAUGGCAGAAGCCCUUGCACAUCUAGACACGCCCACAGCACUGAGAAUAGGGGGGGAAGGGUGUGGUUUGCACUGUCCAGGAGCCAAUCAGAGCGUGAGGAGUGUGACAGGAGGUGGAGGGACAGUUGUAGCAAACACACCCCAUCCGAUUGGUCCACUCUUCUCGCUUUCUUAUUGUUGUUUAUAUUGAGUAUUUUUGUAUGGGAUUAUUGUCUCGAAUCUGAAACAUGAUGCCUAGCAUAAGUGGAUAUUUUAUAAAUGAGA